AUGGCUUCCGACCAGAGGGGCCCCGAGCCCCAGGAUGAGGACUACCUCCUGCGGCAAAACACACCAACAACACUCCACGAUCAGACCGCCAAUAAUACAGCCGUGGCAGCCGUGGACCUCAUCAGCGAAGAUGAGCGGAACACUCUCGUUCGCAUUGCCACCCAAGAGUCUAUAAGGCGGCGCUCCAGCGUCUACACCCAGCCGACAGCGAAGAAAACAGACACCUUGGAUGUGAUCCGCGAGGAUAACCCUAGUCUCGACCCGCAGGGAAAGAACUUCGACCUGGGGAAGUGGCUGGCCUUUGCGUUGAAUGAGCUACGUCCGGAGAGCGCUCGCGACCAUCGGCCGGGCAUCGUGUUCAAAGACCUUACCAUCUCGGGCACCGGAGCUGCCGUCCAAUUCCAAGACACCUUGGCAUCCACUUUCUCCGCACCCUUCCGCAUCGGACAGCUCCUCCGCGAUCGUCACUCGGCACCGAAGCGCAUCCUGAACCAGUUCAAUGGGCUGGUGAAGAGCGGAGAGUUGCUCUUGGUUCUUGGCCGGCCCGGAGCUGGCUGCAGUACGUUUCUGAAGUCGCUUUGUGGUGAGCUUGACGGAUUGAGCAUUAACGAAGACAGCGUCAUCCACUACAAUGGGAUCCCUCAGCAACAGAUGACAAAGGAGUUCAAGGGCGAGGUCCUGUACAACCAGGAGGUCGACAAACACUUUCCUCACCUCACCGUCGGUCAAACCCUUGAAUACGCGGCCGCCAUGCGAACCCCACAGCACCGGUUCAAGGGGAUGUCGCGAGACGAGUACGCACAGCACGUGGCCAAGGUUGUCAUGGCCAUCGUUGGCUUGAGUCACACAUACCAUACAAAGGUCGGAAACGAGUUUAUUCGCGGAGUUUCCGGCGGAGAGCGCAAGCGCGUCAGUAUUGCCGAGAUGGCUUUGGCGGCCUCUCCCUUGGCUGCGUGGGAUAACUCCACCCGCGGUCUGGAUUCUGCCACAGCAUUGAAAUUCGUCCAGUCUCUUCGUUUGUUCGGCGACCUGACCGGCUCGGCACAUGCGGUUGCCAUCUACCAGGCCAGUCAGAGCAUCUAUGAGAUCUUUGAUAAGGUGACGCUGCUGUAUGAGGGUCGUCAGAUCUACAUGGGGCCGGCAUCGGCGGCCAAGGCGUUCUUCGAAAAGCAGGGCUGGGAGUGUCCCGCGAGACAAACCACCGGAGACUUCUUGACUUCCGUGACCAACCCUCAGGAGCGCCAGGCACGCCCGGGCAUGGAAGACCAAGUCCCUCGGACUCCGGAUGAUUUCGAGGCUUAUUGGCGCCGGUCACCGGAGUAUCAAAAGCUGAUUGGCGAAGUUGCUUCGUAUGAGCAGCAGUACCCAUUGCAUACCGACCAAACAACCCAGACCGGGUUUCAUGAGCGCAAGUGGGUAGCUCAAGCCAAGCACACCCGGCCCAAGUCGCCGUUUCUGCUGAGCGUGCCCAUGCAAGUCAAGUUAAACACGAGACGGGCAUACCAGCGACUGUGGAAUGACGUCCAGUCCACCCUCACCACCGUCUUCGGGCAGAUUGUUAUGGCCCUGAUUAUUGGCUCCGUUUACUAUGAUUCCCCUAACGACACGGCCUCUUUCACUUCCAAGGGAGCGGCCCUUUUCUUCGCUGUUCUCCUGAAUGCUUUGACCGCGAUGUCUGAAAUCAAUUCACUUUACGCCCAACGUCCAAUUGUCGAAAAGCAGGCAUCCUAUGCGUUUUAUCAUCCAGCUACCGAAGCGAUCGCGGGAGUCGUCAGCGAUAUACCGGUCAAGUUUAUCCUUGCUAUUGCUUUCAAUGUCAUCCUUUACUUCAUGGUUAACCUGCGACGUGAGCCCGCCCAAUUCUUCAUCUAUUUCCUGAUCUCAUUCAUGAUUAUGUUUGUCAUGAGCGCGGUCUUCCGCACGAUGGCAGCCAUCACCAAAACAGUUUCCCAGGCCAUGACCUUAGCAGGUGUUCUGAUUCUGGCUCUUGUUGUCUACACUGGGUUUGUGUUGCCCGUCCCGUCUAUGCAUCCGUGGCUGGGUUGGAUUCACUAUAUUAAUCCGAUAUACUAUGCCUUCGAAAUUCUGGUCGCCAACGAGUUUCAUGGCCGUGAAUUUCCGUGCUCCUCGUUUAUCCCGUCUUAUGCGAACAUGGAUGGCACUUCCUUUAUUUGCUCUACCUCUGGAUCAGUCGCGGGCAGCAAGUUGGUCAGUGGUGACCAGUACAUCGCCCUCAAUUUUGAGUACUAUUACAGCCACGUGUGGCGGAACUUUGGGAUUCUGAUUGCCUUUCUCAUCGGUUUCAUGGCUAUAUACUUCGCCGCGACAGAGCUCAACUCCUCUAACACCAGCACCGCCGAAGUUCUCGUCUUCAAUCGCAGUCAGAUCCCCGCCUUCGAACGCACCCAGGGCUCCAAGUCUUCCGACGUCGAGAACGGGAUUGAACUUGGUGCUGUCAAGGAGCCUGGCACGGACGAGGAACCACGGGAGCUGGCCGCUCUGGCGCGACAGGAAGAUAUCUUCACCUGGCGCGAUGUUUCGUAUGAUGUAGACAUCAAGGGAGAGACACGCCGGCUGCUCGACCAUGUGUCAGGGUGGGUCAAACCGGGCACCCUUACUGCACUGAUGGGAGUCAGUGGAGCAGGUAAGACCACGCUGUUGGAUGUUUUGGCCAGCCGGACUACCAUGGGAGUCAUUACGGGUGAUAUGUUUGUCAACGGCCGAGGCCUAGAUGCCAGUUUUCAGAGAAAAACCGGGUACGUGCAGCAACAGGAUCUCCACUUGGAGACGGCUACUGUGCGAGAGUCGUUGCAAUUCAGUGCUCUUCUCCGCCAGCCUGCCAGCGUUCCUCUCAAGGAGAAGUACGAAUACGUCGAACAGGUCAUAUCCAUGCUGAAGAUGGAAGCCUUUGCGGAGGCCGUGGUUGGUGUUCCCGGGGAAGGUCUCAAUGUCGAGCAACGCAAGCUGCUUACCAUUGGCGUGGAACUGGCGGCAAAGCCCAAACUUCUUCUCUUCCUGGAUGAGCCUACCAGUGGUCUCGAUUCCCAGAGUUCGUGGGCCAUCUGUGCAUUCUUGCGUCGCCUGGCAGACAGUGGACAGGCUGUUCUCUGCACCAUCCAUCAGCCUAGCGCUGUUUUGUUCCAGGAGUUUGAUCGGUUGUUAUUCCUCGCUCGUGGCGGAAAAACCGUAUACUUCGGACCGGUGGGUGAGAAUUCCCGCACGCUGCUCGAUUACUUCGAAUCCAACGGAGCGCCACGUCCCUGCAGCGAGGAGGAGAACCCGGCCGAGUAUAUGCUCGAGAUUGUCAACGAGGGCUCUAAUGUGCACGAGCAAAGUUGGUUUGACGUGUGGAAGCAGAGCAGCGAAAGCCAGGCUGUCCAGGUGGAAAUCGAUCGCAUCCACGAAGAGCAGAAAGGGAAGGCUUUGGAGGAAGCGACCGAGUUGGGCCACUCCGAGUUCGCCAUGCCGUUCUGGUUUCAGCUUUACCAGGUCACCUACCGUGUGUUCCAGCAGUACUGGCGGAUGCCAAACUACGUGGUCGCGAAAUGGGGGCUGGGAGUCUGCGGAGGUCUUUUCAUCGGUUUCUCGUUCUAUCACGCCAAGUCGUCCCUCCAGGGGCUGCAGACGGUGAUCUACUCCAUCUUCAUGCUGUGCUCUCUGUUCCCUUCCUUGGUUCAACAGGCUCAGAUCAUGCCGCUCUUCCUGACGCAACGAGACCUUUACGAAGUCCGCGAGCGUCCCAGCAAAGCGUACUCCUGGAAAGCGUUCCUGAUCGCCAACAUCGUCGUCGAGAUUCCGUAUCAAAUCGUCCUCGGCAUCAUCGUCUUCGCCUGCUACUACUUCCCGGUCGUGGGCAUCCAAAGCUCCGCGCAGCAAGCCACCGUGCUGGUCUUCUGCAUCGAAUUCUUCAUCUACGUCAGCACGUUCGCGCACAUGGUCAUCGUCGCCCUCCCCGACACCGUGACCGCAAGUGCGAUCGUGACUCUUCUUUUCGCCAUGUCUCUAACCUUCUGCGGUAUCAUGCAAGCGCCCUCCGCCCUGCCCGGAUUCUGGAUCUUCAUGUACCGGGCGUCACCCUUUACCUACUGGGCCUCGGCCAUGGUGUCUGUUCAGGUCCACGGUCGCACCGUCGAGUGUUCCACCGCUGAACUGUCCGUCCUGAACCCGCCCUCGGGCCAGACCUGCUCGCAGUAUCUUUCUGAGUAUGCGACUCUCGCUGGCGGGCGGUUGAUGAACCCGAAUGCCACCUCCGACUGCAGCUACUGCGCUGUGGGCACGGCGGACCAGUAUAUCAGCGGCUCGGGAAUCUACUACAGCGAUCACUGGCGCAACUUUGGCAUCUUCUGGGCGUAUAUAUUGUUCCAUGUUGGGGCUACCACGGCUCUGUAUUAUUUGUUCCGGGUCAAGAAUUGGAAGAAGGAUGGGAUGAAGAAGAAGGGGAAGGGGAAGACUGGUGCAUGA